AUGGGCGGGGCCUGUUCGCUUGGGCUGAAAGACCGGAGCUUGGCGGGAACCUCGGACAGAUCCCCUCAGCGCCCUGCCAUGUCGCUCACGCGCCUCACGCCGCCCGUGGCGGCGCUCAGGGGGGCGCCCCCCGGCUCCCCGCCUCCCCCAGACCCCGCUCCCCAGCCCCCCAGCAGCAAGCGGCUCCGCGUGGAGGAGCCCGGCGGGGUCCCCGGGGCGGGGUGGCGGCUGCCCCUGGUGCCCCGCCUGUCGGAGGCGGAGAAAGCAUGGGCGCUGCCGCCCAAGCCCUUCAGGGCGCCGCUCCUGCCCGCUGACGUGAUGCUGGGGAGCCCCGCAGACCCACGAGGGGAGACACCCGCCCGGGGGGAGCAGACAGGAAACCCGGGACGCCCAGAGAGCGGGUCCGAGAGGAAUCCCUGUCUGCCGUCUCCCCCCUCAGGAAGUCUGGAUUCCGGUGCGAGGGCUUCCAGAAGGUUCUCUGGAGCAGGGCCCUGUGACAGGGACGGUGUCCUUGUGGUCUGUGGUGACAGAUCCCCAGCUGAGGCGGGGCAGCAUCGGCCCGACUUGUCCCUCCAUGACAUACAGGGACCCGAAAGCGAGGCUGGGAGGCAGGGUUUGGUCCCGGGGAGAGGCAGCGGGCAGGGGGACAGUAACAGUCCUGGGAAACCCACAGGAAAUCUGUCCCGGGACCUUCCCUUUUCCCAGGAAACGAAACCAACAUCCCAUGAAGUCCAGGACAGAUGGAAAGCUGGCAGCGUGACACGGUCAAACGAAAAGGAAAGGAACAUUCCAGCAUCUUUGCUAAAAAUGCCAAAAUCUCAAAACCUGCCUGGCACGAACAUUGGCAAACCUGAGUUUUUCCGAGAUAGCAGCCCCAGACACCUCCCUGAGUUUCCAGUUGACUUACAGAGCAAACCGUCCCCUGUCUAUGUAAAGGAAAGAGCAAGGAAAAAGAGCAUAAAAAAUGAGACAUAUGUUACCGGGCCCACAGACAGUUACUGGCCCCAGAAUAGACAGGCUGGUAAGAGGCGUAAGUUACUGGGCGAUAAACAAACUGUGGGCGCAGAAGAGAGGUUUCCUGGAUGUUGUGAAAGGAAGGACCAAUUGGCCAGUAACCAAAGGAUCACUUCUGAUGGGAGAGAUCCUGAUAGGAAUUUUGCUAUAACACUGCAAAAUGCAAAUUGGGAAGAAGCGGAAACAUGCUUGGACUGUUGCAUGUCCACCAGAUUAGAAAAGUGUCAAAGCGAGAACUAUAACAUUAGACAUAUUUUGAGAAAAAAUAGGGAGAACAGCUGGGUUAUGCAUAAGUACCAAACUAAAUGUGAAAAUAAGAAGAAAAUUGGAGGAAACUGGAAUUUGGUGCAAUUACCAGAUACAGCUCUUUUAAGCCAAGAAGACUAUUAUAAUCUAAAAGCCAUGAAUACAUAUGAAGAACGACCAAAGCUUCUCAUGAUAGGAACACUGGGUAGUCAAAAAGCUUUAAUACAUUUUGUUUGGUUAAGUGGUAAAGGAGAAAACAAUAAUAUGCUACAGUUGCCAUCUCCAUAUUAUACUUCACAAAGAGACUUUUAUUUAAGCAAUGUUUUUGUGAAUUUCAUUACAGAAGGGUUUUACUUCCAUAAAAGUAUUUCAGCAAAAGAAGCAGAUAAUAGUAUUUUAGCCUGGCAUGAGGUUUUGAAGUGUCUAAAGCAAACUGAUGUUCAUAAUCUAAUAAUUAGGAAUAUAAAUGUCAAUAGAAGAAAUAACAUUUAUUUACAAACCGGUGUUUCAAAGCCUCUGCAUAUCAUAUUACAAGCCAACAUAACUUCUUUGCUCAAUAACUUUGACUCUUUAACUGGAACUGAAAAUGAUUCUAAAUUAGAAGAGGGAUGUGUUUUCAAAUGGAUAAUGUGUUUGAAUUAUCCAAAAAAUAUUAUGGUAGAAAAUCAUAUUGUACAUCUAGGAAAGACUUUAACUUUUUCAAUACCAUUAGGAGAUAAUAUGAAACCUAUGUUAGAGAAGAAAAGGUUUUUUAAAACUGAAAAAGUUUUCAAAGAGUUUAAAAAACAACCCAUCAAUUUCUUUAGUAUGACAAUUAAAAAUGUAGUUUUAAUGGACUUUGAUCACAGGGAUGAAAUUAGUUACAAGAGUAAGACUUGUCCCGAACAGGAAAUAAAUGUGAAAAAUUUGGCUCAUUAUAGUACAAAUACUGUGAAAAUGCAUGUUAAUUCUCUUCCUCAACUCAUACAGAACAAUUAUGAAUAUAUUAAUGAAAACUUUCAUGAAAUAAAUAUGCACAAUGAAAAUUUAGAUACUGAAAGAAAACAAAAGCAUAGCAAGAUUAGUAGCUUUAAUUGUAAGUGCAUUGUUGAAGAUAUCGUCAAUGUUAGGCAACAAGCCAUACCAGCAAGCCACUACACAAAACAUACUGAACAAACCAAUCCCAAGAUUUCAACUCAAGUUCAAAAUUUUGGGAGCUUGCUAAAAAGUGAAAUUGAAACAAAAAGAAAUAACUCAAUUUUAAAGGAGAAAAGAAAUGUCAUAGCACAAAGUUUAACAUACGGUCACCAAGUUCAUAAAAAUAUUAAGAUUGAAAAGGAAGAGAAAAAUAGGUUUUAUUUAAUGGAUGGCAUUUUUUCUGUGCAACCAGUUUCCUUAAUGAGUAGGAAAGACAAUGUGGAAGGGACUAAAUAUGUUAAUCAACAUAAUCUUGCUGACAAAAAGGAAUAUGAGAGAAUUUUGCAAGAAAGUGAGUUAGCUAAUUUAAAGCAUUUUUAUCCAAAGAAUGAGUCUCCAGAAUGUGUUAAACAUCAAUUGGAAGCUGAUCUGAGUGUAGGGAACAAUGAAUGUUUUCAGGAUUUGACUGCCAAGUGUUUACCAACAGAAGUUAUGACAAUAGCCAAAGAUUUUGAGAUGAAAAGUAAAUUUGAUUUAGUUCUUGAAGAACUUCAUAUGUUUCACAAAAUCAGCAAGGAAAAUGAAAUUCCUAGCACCGUGGAAACAAACAAUAGGCAAGAAAAUUACUUUAGAGAAAAUAAUGCUGUGGAGGCGGUAAAAGCAAAGAUAAAAAAAGAUUUGAAAAUAGGUAAAGUCAACAAAAUCUGUGCAUCUUCGCUCUGUGAUGCUAACGCAGGUCCUAAUAAGCAUAAAAGACACCAAAGUUUAUUUAACUGGGAAACAGUACAAAGAAACAGAGAACAGGAAGUUCCUAAUGGACAUUCCUAUUUAAGAACAUCAGAGGAAGAAGUACUCUAUUCAACUUCUGAGGAAGAUUGUGAGAAACUCUCACCCAAAAGAUCUACGUUUUCCUCUGAUGAAUUUAAGGAAGAAAGAAUUAAUUAUAUAGUGAAGGGAGGUAGUAAUUUUUCAAAUGGAAUUUCAAGAGUACUACCUAUUAAGACAUGCACUCGUCCAAUCAGAGUUGGUUUGUCAAGAAAAGCCAAACUUAAACAACUUCAUCCCUACUUAAAGUAAAUAUGUUAUGAGGACUUAAAAGAAGAUAUUGGACUUUGAUAUUUCAAAAAAUUUCAUGACAACUAUUUAUUGUUUAUUUCUUUCUUUUGCUAAAUGCUUUUCUGUCACCUUGGAUGGUUAGGAGUUUUCUUUAUUAAGAAUGGAGAGGGUGUGUGUGUGUGUGUGUGUGUGUGUGAGUGUGUGAAUUAUCUAAUUACCUUUAAACACUAUAUUUUAUUGAUAUUUUUAUGGUAUUAGCAAUAUACAGAUUAAAAGUUUUUGUGAUCUUAUAAAACAUGUCAAGUUAUUUCUCAUAAUAUAUGCAUAUAUAUAAAAAUGCUUUUGUGGCUAAGACUGGUAGCCUUUAUAGGUUUCUCUAAAAGAUCUGUGACUCUUCAAAAGGCAACAAACCCUAUCUGCUUCUUUUUAAAAAGCCAACAUGCCUAUGCUUCAUAAGUGUUCUGUAUUUGAAGUGUAGUGGAAUCUUUGCUGUUUAUCAGAUGUAAUGUUUUUUUCCCUUAUAAACAGGUGUGUGUGUGUGUGUGUGUGUGUGUGUGUGUGCGCGCGCACUGAAAUUUUGAAUCAGCAACAGAGUGAGUGAAUUUUAAUAUGUAUUCACUGCUGGUUGUUAAAAAGGAAAAUCUUCCCUAUGAAAUUAUUGUGAACACUUUGCUUUGUGAUCACUUCAACAUUUUUGGGGGCUGGGACAAGGAGGAAAAGUAACAAUAGUCCACAUGUCCCUGGCAUCUAUUCAGAGCAGUGUGAACAAUUAAAUGAUCUUUUGUAAGAAAUGUUUUAUGAUUAAAAAAAAUAAAUUCCAUGAACUUAUUUUUAGUGGUCAUUUUUUCAAAAGAUGGUCAUUUUUCUAAUGGCUGAAUCCCCUAACCUGUCUUAUACUUAAUACUGGCUUUUAAUUUCAGCUCCUCUGUUGAAAAUAAAUGUAUCUCUUCCUUGACUUAGGCAAAAACCUUUUGGUAAAUUCAGUUCAGUUCUAGAGAUUUUUAAAAAAAGGUAUUUUAUUGAUUUUUGAGGGAGAGAAA